AUGAAACAUCACUUGGACUCUUAUAAGCUAACGGAGGAUGAGAAGAAGAAAAUUGAAGAAUUUCUUUCACUUAUUCAAAACUCUCAAAGUUCUCCUGAAUAUCAUCAGUUAGCCUUUAAUAUUUUAGCUGCACGCAAGUUUUCUGUCCCACAGGCUAUGGAGUUGUAUCAUAAUUAUCAAACAUUUUUGGCCAGUGAACAGAUCACUCGUGUUGAUCCCUUCGAAGAGGAUGUCAGACGUGAACUAUUGUCAGGAAAAUUUGUUAUUCUCAAUGACAAUGACAUACCUGGUGUUCGUGUGGCUCAGUUUUUUGUCAGAUUACAUCGAAAAUCAGGAAAUCAUCGGGCUUUGUUGCACAGUAUUAUUUUUCAGCUGGAUGCUGCAUUGAGGAGAGAAACAGCUGCUAGAAAUGGUCUAGUAUUCAUUUUUGAUAUGACCGAUUCAAAAUAUUCCAAUUUCGAUUAUACAUUUUCAUGCAAGUUAUUCAAGAUGUUACGAUCCUCCUAUCCUGUACGUCUUCGGCGUGUUCUAAUCUUAACUGCUCCUCUCUGGUUUCGUGCUCCUUUCUUAUUAAUGCGAGUGUUUAUUCGUGAAUUAUUUCAAGAUUGUGUAUAUGUACUCCGUCCUUCACCGGGAACCAAAUUGGAAGCACUUAGCCAUCCUGAUCCCGUUAUUUUAAAACGUGAUCAUUAUGCUUGGCUUCAAACUGCUCUAUUGAGGACUGGGUGGUUAUUGACUGAAGCAGAACAGGCAGCACUUCCUAUUGAUCAUCGUAAUCAAACAGUUGGUGCAUUUUUUGGUCCACCUUCAGAAUCUACCGGAUCAUUAUCGGAUUCUAGUGAUUCUGAAUUUCGUGAGGAUGAUGAUUGUUUCUCCAAUAAUCAACUAGAUGAUGUUACUGUCGAUGAUGAUUUAAUUAGUGUUGGUGAUUUAGAUCCAUUUUCUUUGACUAGUUCAUAUUCUGGUGAAGCUGAAAGUUCAGAUUUAGAAGAAUGUACAUCGGAUGUGAUAAUGAAAACAUUCUCAUCAUCCAACUUAGAAAAAAUGAAUGAUAGUAAUUACAAUCCAAAAUCCGUUUCGAAUUACUCAGAAGCAUGUUCAUAUGAUCAUAAACGUCAAACAUUAUCGAAUUCAGAACAUGGUGGAACACCUACUCCUCCGACAGUUGCUAAACGCCCACAACUGUCAAAUAUUGCAGAUUUGAACUAUUCCACUGGCAUUUUAGAUCAUACAAAUAGUCGUUCUUCAAAUACAAUCACCUCAGGGUACCAUGUUAUGGGUUUUAAUGAAGACGUAUCAUUGAUACGUAUUGACCCUGUAACUCCUACUGCUGACAAUUCUAUCAAAUUACCCUUAAUAUCCGAAGCCUCUGGUACCAAACAAACUGGCUUUAAUUCUGGAAAUUCUCAUGCACUUAACUCAUCUUGUUCAUCUAAUUCAUCUUUCUUCUCGACUGGUUUUACUGAUGUACAUUCUACAAAGUGCAGCCCACUCAGUGAUAAACUCUUAAACCAGUUAAUAACAUCAGGUUUACCGAAAACAACUGAAUUCGAGAGACGUGGAAUGUCCAAAAUUAUCCAUGAAGUCUCAGGUUUAACAACUUCUAAAGAUCAUGACUUACCUCUUGUAGAUGCUGAAAUUUCAGAUUCUAUUUGUUUAGCUCCCGUCCAAAAUAAAAUUGCACCCCUUGCUCAAGAUGAAAUAGAAGAUAGAACUAUUUGUAAUAAUAAAAAUCCAAUUCAGAUGUUGCCAAGAAUUUCAGCGUUUGACUCUAGAAUAAUUAACACUAGCCAUCCGUCAUCAGAUGUUAUCCCUAAUUGGGCAGUUGGUCGCCCUCAAGGUGAAUCAAUUCAUCAAAAUCAUAAUUUAAUAUAUCCUGUUGAAUUAUCAUCAUCUUCAAUGAAUAAUAGUCAAACUACAGAGAUUACUCCAUUAAAUUCAUCAUUAAGUUAUUUGGUUACUUCAGGUUAUGAUAAAUGCAAUGAAUGGGACAUAGAAACUCAUUCCUCUUCUUCUUCCUCUUCUCUUCAUCGUACCGCUGACAAUACAACGGUGUCUAUUGAUUCAGCAAUCAAUAAUAAUCAUAAUACAUGCAGUGAUAAUCAUCGAGAUGCAUUAUUAUCAUCAUCAAUAGAAAGACAAAAGAUAUACGAUGAAAUUGAUGCAAAUAUGAUUGAAAUUAAUAGUACAACUUCUAGCAGUGAUGAUGUUUCAGCUAGAAAUGAUGAAGGCGUAAUCGAUGUAGUUGUUAAUGAUGAUGAUUUCGAACCCGAGGAAGAAAUAGAAGAGGAUAAUGAUGAUGAUGAGGAGGAGGAUGAAGAUGAUGGCGAAAACUUGGAAGUGACUCAGACAAUUAUUAUGCAAGAACAUUGGAUGAAUCCAAAUGAACUAGUACAACACAUUGAAAAUUUCGGUUUGACUGGACUUAAUUCAGAGUAUAGUGCACUUGUUCAGUUGAAGAAUGAAUAUACUCAUAUUGCUUUCAAGCAUAUACUUAAUCGGAGUAAAAAUCGCUAUUGUGAUGUGAUUUGUCAUGAUGCAACACGUGUUUAUCUCCAACCAUUAUUAUUAUCGUCGGAUAUUUCCAGAAUUUCCACUAUUCGUAGUGAUGAAGAUCCGACAGUAUUAUGUAAUGCUCAAAAAUCCCUUACCGCACGUCUUCAUCGUACACAUUCAGCACCAAUAUCAGCGCACACAUUAGUAAAAAAUUAUAUUCAUGCUAAUUGGGUUGAUGGUUAUCGACAGAAAAACGCUUUUAUCUGUACUCAGGGUCCGUUAUCUGAAACUGUAGGUGAUUUUUGGCAGAUGAUUUGGGAUUAUCACUGUCCUAUUAUUGUCAUGAUCACAAGAAUUCUUGAAGCUCAACGUUCCAAAUGUUACUUAUAUUGGCCAGAUGUUGAAAACCAAAAACUCUAUUUUAGUUCUGGCCAUACAGGUUGUCUCUAUGCUCCUACUUCAUCUGAUCGAUCAAAUAAUAGCUUUUCGAAAUUUAGUAGUAGUAAUAAUAAUGUUACUCCGGAUUUUUUAAUUGAAAAUGUCAAAUGUGAAAGUAAUGGGAAUUUCGCUCAGACAACACUACGAAUAACACAUUUACAGCUACAGGAAGUAAGAACUGUUGAACAUUUUGCUUUCUUUUCAUGGCCUGAUCAUGGUACACCUCAAACAACUGAAGGUUUACUAGAUUUACUCACUUCUGUUCAAUCAACUUAUUUAAAUGAAAUUGAAAAAUUGGGCUAUAAAUCUUAUGAAGAUCAGAAAACUCCACCUCCUCCAGUCGUUGUACAUUGUAGUGCAGGAAUUGGUAGAACAGGUACUUAUGUAACCGUGGAUAUAUGUACAAAAUGGUUAGCUGAUUCACGUAAUACAGAGCAUAAAAUCAAUAUUCCUCUAACAGUUGCUCGAGUACGUUCACAACGUUUUGGUUGUGUUCAAGUAUCAUCACAGUAUGUAUUUUGUUAUCGUGCAAUCAUUGAUUUCGCGGUGAAUUCCGGUUUAUUGGAUUCAAAUAAAGCUCAACAAGCGUUAGAUUUAUUGAGCGCUGAAUCAGAUGCUCAAACAUCAUCCUCAUCAUCAGUACUACCGAAUUCAUCAUUUUAUCAAUCCACAUCGUUGCCUAGACCAUUUCCUGGACUUAUAACAAAUUAUAUUAAUGAUGUUGCUAGUACAUUAUCGUCUUCAUCUACUUUUCGAUAUCACCGAAAUAUUGGUAGUAAUACUACUACUACUAGUAGUACUCCUACCAGUAGUAAUAAUUCACCUUUAGUUACUUCUGUGUCGAUGAUGUCUUCAAAUUCCUCUUCGCUUAAUCAUCACAGUCGUAGUCCAUUCCAUGAACUACUAGCUUUAUUCUCUCCUGCCAGUCUGGCAUUAAUUAAAAAUUCAAUUCGAUUUAAAAAAUAUAAAGAUGAUCUAAAUAGUUCAGACUUUUCCACAAUGAACGGUGUUCUAGGUAUGGACGAAACUUGUUGUUUGGAUGUAACUUCUGAUAACAAUAACCAGAAUACAAAUACUUUAAAUUCUAUAGCAUUAACAACCAAUUUCACUGGUAAUACUACUACUAUCUCCAAUGACAUGAGUAAUACAUUAAGUAAUGGCAGGAAUAAUAAUGAUAAUAAUCGAAGUGAAUCAUUCAUUGUAAAUCAACAUUUCGAUUUUAAUAUCUCCUCAUCGUCUUCAUCAUUAUCAACAAAUAGUACUACACAUUUACUCAUAUCCGGACUAACAGAUACUACAACCGCUACUACUACUACGACUACAACUCAAUUAAUAAAUAAUAACAUUGAAAAUACUAUUAUUGUUCAGCCACCAUUCACUCGUCCAAUGAAACCGGCUAUUUUCAGUGAUGAUAAAUCGAAUCAGACUGCUAAUAAUAUGGACAAAUUUAAGUCGAAUAGUAGUAUGA